AUGGCAGAAAAAUUAGAAUUGGUACUAAAACUGGAAUUGAUAUCAGUCCUGGUGUAAGUAAUGUGUAUUUUAAAACCAAUGUUUUAAGUUUACUUUGAUUCUUUGUUUCAUUUUUCUGUCUGUACACAACUUGAGCUCAAAAAUCUUAUUACAAUCAUAAAUUUAAGUAAUUCUGAGAUUUGAAAAAUAAUUAAUUUUGUAUACACUUGUAGGACAUAUUUUUUAUUAUUAACCCCUGGCGGUGUUGGAUAUGGACAAUUGUCUGAUGUUAACAAUACUGUGAAUACUGCAAAAAAAUGUAUUAGAACCUCACUGGUUGAACAAGGAUUAGUAUAUAAUUAUCAUAUGCUUCAAGAAUCAGUUUGCAAAUGA